UUUAAUCCGUUUCUGGUGGGUGCCGAGGAGAAUCCACUAGUUGCUCGUGUUGUUACUGUGGCGCUGAUGCGUGCCUUCAAUGCUUUACUGUAUCGGUUGAAUAACAAACGGCGACCGCAGCUGCAGCUAGAAAUCAUCGCGCUGCAGAACGUUUUUGAUUAUACUGGUGUAUCGGCUGAUUUCCUGAAAGAUGAGCGUGGCCGACUGAACGGAUAUGAUCAAGGACGCUUGGAAAAAUCUCAAAACGAGCGCUUGUCAUCGUCGGACUCUAUAAAAACGAUUGCAUUCUCGGUUUACUCACAGUCACGUGUUGUCCUUCCGGAAAUUGUGCGUGGCCUGCUGCCAAAAAGUAUGACACGCUUCGGGCCAGCAUCAGCCAUGGUUGAUUUGUUGAACGAUCUGGAACGGAAGGAGCCCAUCUAUUAUAAAAUCCCAAGCAAACCGUUUAUUCUUGCGCCUCCAUCGCCAGUUAUGCAGCGUGCCAAUGGUGACCUGAUGCAGAUUAACACUGAUGAAGCGGUGCUCUUCGUGAGCUACUGUUUGAUUGGUAAUGACUGGCUUGCUGCAACAGUGACGGAUCAUCAGGGCCAUCUUUUUGACAAUUGCCUGAUCAAUUUACGAUUAAAACCUGAUCACAAAAGGUAUAUAAUCAGUUUUAUCCAGCUGCUAGGCGAAAGCGCCUCUGGCUGCAACUAA